GCGAGGCUCCUCCUGCCCAGGGCCUAGCCCAGCUGCUGGGAUGUGGCUGGAGGGACAGGUUCUGGGCCUGAGCACUGUAGCCUGGAGGCUGAGCAGGAGCCCUGCAAGGCAAAGGACAAUGUAGUCCCUGACCAUCACCAUGGCCAGUCUCUGGGUGCAGAGGUGAGGGCUCCAGCCUCCCAGAGCAGGAACCAUCAGCCUGGUCUUCUGAUCAAGGGCAAGCCCACCAGCCUGGAUGGAAUACAGCUUGGCCCCUCCAGAGAUGCAGCCCCACGGAGCCCCAGGUCCUGGAGCCUCCUUCUCUCGCAGCCACAUACCGGGGCGCCCUACCCACCCUUCUCGGUUCCCUGGAGGGGUGUCUCCCCUCAUUCCUGUCCUCAGGAAGACGGUCCGUCUGGAUGCCUUCCCUCAAAGCCACAUCCAGACUUCUGGUCGAUCAGGCCUGAGAUCGAGGGCCCGGAGCAAGUCCCCACAGGACACCGGCAUCAGCCCGGUGGCUCCACGGAGCUCCAUGCCUGCCAACAGCCUUGUGCCCAGGAAGCUCAGCUCCAUUUCCUUAACGAUCCGUCAGAACAGUCACAUGCGGUCCCUGGACCCCCCAGCAUCUCACUGGGAAGAGCUUCCCAGCCUGGGCAGAGAGGCUGGCAUCCACGGAGGAGGGGGACCGUCUGCUCCGAGUUCACCACCUCUGCCCCUGAGGCCAGAGAGCAGGGUCCACUCUGAAGGCCCAGGGAACCCAGGGCUGAGCACACCCAGCAGGACAGCCAUGGUGGAGAAGCCCGUGGUGGGCUCGUACCUGGCCUUACCUUUUCAGUCUCGGCUAAUCCUGAGUUCACCAAGCCCCACUGGACCGGCCCCUGUGGGGCAAGGGCACACCCGAGCUUCUCCAGGAAGAGGUAAGUCCCGGGCCAGGGCCAUUCCUAGACCCCGACUAUGUCCCCAAAGGGCCACUCCUGUUAUGAAUUUGUCUGCUGUGCACGCAACAAGGCCAGACAUAACCAGACACUUAACUGCAAUGGCCACCAAAGGACCUAGCUUGGCCACCAAUUUGGCCACAACAGACACAUCCACACUGGACACAGGCACAAAGUUCUCUGCUCUGGAUACCAAGUGGGGCUCAGCCACGGACAUAUCUACAGCAGGUACAGCUAAGUCAGGCAAAGUCAAGAACUGGGCUGCUGCGGGCACAGAUAAGUGUGACACAGCCGUGAAUUUGGCUGCAGCAGAGACAACGAAGCCACGCAAGGUUUUGAAUUUGGCAGCAACAGAACCAGAUGAGCUGGGCAAAUACAUGGUUACAGCAGACACAGCCCAGCCAGAAGUGACCACAGAAGGCUCAGCAAAGCCAGAUAUGACCACAAGGAGCACAGCCACAGCUGUGGCAAUACCAGAUCCAUUCAAGUCAGACACCACCAGUGUGGACCCAGCUAUGGUUUUGGUGCCAGCAAAUACAGCCGAGCUGGGCCCAGCUAUGGAUUCUCCUGCUUUGGACAGAAGCGGGUUCAGAACAGCAGUGGGUGCAGUUGUGCUGGUCACACCAGACUCCACCAAUGGGGAGACCAAGCCAGACAGUGUUCAUGACCUGACCAAACCAGACACUGCUGUCUACUCACUGAUACCAAACAGAGGCACAGACACAGCCCAGGACCAUGCCACGGAGGAGGGUGCCACAGUACAGGCUGCCACCAUAGAGGCUGCCACAGAGUUUUCCACCCUGACUGAAGAAGGCAAAGGGCUCCCCGAGACCAGGACGGACGCAGCCAUGUCAGAGCUGGUGCCUGAGCCCAGGCCUAAACCGGCAGUGCCCAUGAAGCCCGUUAGCAUCAACUCCAACCUGCUGGGCUACAUUGGCAUCGACACCAUCAUCGAGCAGAUGCGGAAGAAGACCAUGAAGACCGGUUUCGACUUCAACAUCAUGGUCGUGGGCCAGAGUGGACUGGGCAAGUCAACACUGGUCAACACACUCUUCAAAUCCCAAGUGAGCCGGAAAGCCUCCAGCUGGAACCGGGAGGAGAAGAUCCCCAAAACGGUGGAGAUCAAAGCUAUUGGGCAUGUGAUUGAGGAAGGUGGCGUCAAAAUGAAGCUGACCGUCAUCGACACCCCAGGGUUUGGAGACCAGAUCAACAAUGAAAACUGUUGGGAGCCCAUCGAGAAAUACAUCAAUGAACAGUAUGAAAAGUUCUUGAAGGAGGAGGUGAACAUCGCCAGGAAGAAGCGCAUCCCUGACACGCGUGUCCACUGCUGCCUCUACUUCAUCUCCCCCACUGGACACUCCUUGCGACCCCUGGACCUCGAGUUCAUGAAACACCUCAGCAAGGUGGUGAACAUCAUCCCGGUCAUCGCCAAGGCUGACACCAUGACCCUGGAGGAGAAGUCCGAGUUCAAGCAGAGGGUUCGAAAGGAGCUUGAGGUAAAUGGCAUUGAAUUCUACCCCCAGAAGGAGUUUGAUGAGGAUCUGGAGGACAAGACUGAGAACGACAAAAUCAGGCAGGAGAGCAUGCCUUUUGCUGUGGUGGGAAGUGACAAGGAGUACCAAGUGAACGGCAAGAGGGUCCUCGGCAGAAAAACCCCCUGGGGCAUCAUCGAAGUGGAAAACCUCAACCACUGUGAGUUUGCUCUACUUCGAGAUUUUGUUAUCAGGACUCACCUCCAGGACCUCAAGGAAGUGACACACAACAUCCACUAUGAGACUUACAGGGCCAAGCGGCUCAAUGACAAUGGAGGCCUCCCUCCGAACAGGACUUCACUCUCAGAACCAGGAGGCGGGGGAGGUUUUAUUUAAAAAUGGAGCAGGUGAGCUGCAGGGGCAGGCAACUCUUUCUCACCUCUCACCCCCUGCACAAACCGGGGCUGCAGAGAUUCUCGAGGACAGGUGGCUGAGCUGGACAUGGAUCGGGGCAGGAGCUCAGAACGCCUCCCUGUAAUUCAGGAACCUGGGCUAAGGCUCUGGCUUCUCUGGAGCGAGAAAAGGAGGCUCCCGCAGAAAGAAUAAAGAAUCAGUGCUCUGACCUUUGGGUUUUGUCAGGCUCCCUGUCCAAAAGCUACCACCUGUCCCUGUUCAGAUGGAUGCUUUCUGUGCUCACCCUGCCUCUGUGUCCUGCCCUCAAUUCUUUCCUUUCCCUCCCUGUCUCACGUGUCCCUUUUCCCUUCCCUGUUGCCUAUUUCUGACAUCUUUCACAUCCUUUUAGACGAAUCUUUUUAGCUUGAUUUCCAGUCUACUUUCAAAAAAUGACUUUACCCUAACUUUAAAAUCACAAUGAAAAGCCCGGGCUAGUGCAAACUGAGAUUACAAGAGAAAUCAGUGUCAUCGAUAACAGGAAAGACAGUUUCUGAUAGCUGAGGACUGAAAUCGGCCCUGGUCAGCCAGGGCCAAGAUGCCACAGCGUGUUCUGCACUUCCCUGGCUCCCUCCAGCUGGACAGCCUUCCAAGUGGAGGGACAGCUUUGAAGAAGUACCAGAAACUAUGAUAUUUGUCAGAGGGUUGGCUUCAGGGACAAACCUUAGGUCACACCUGCGUCUUCUCAGACUUCUCUGUUCAGCUGGCGUCUCUGAGGCUCUCCUGGUCUCAUCCAUAUUCGACUCCCUCUUCUCUUGUUCUCUUUUCUGCUGAAGCGAAUUCCAUUUAUGUCUGUCUGUCUGUCUGUCUGUCCAUCUCUGCUUUCCCCCAUUUUUCCCUCCUGGCUCCUGUAGACAUUCCCAGUGAUACCCACAGUCAUACAUUUAGCCUUUUCUUGCCUUUCCUGUAAGCCCCCUAUUUAUUAAUGCAUAUAUUUCCCUUGGUUAUAGUACAGAUAUUACUCUUUCUCCUCUAACCUGUAGUAGGAUUGCUGAAAUUCGGACCUGGGGAAACGAUAGCCUUAGGAAAGAGAAAAGGUGAAGUGACACUGUUUACAGAACCUCCUCCAACCUCCGAGCCCAACUCCUGGUCCAACCUAACUGGUCCUCUCUGAAUGCCAGCAUUUAUAAUCCCAGACCUUUAUCACUCAGGUGCUAGGAAAAAAAAGAUUUAAAGCCCAAGAUGGAGUAGACCAGGAGAAAGAGGAGGGGUGAUUGGAUCACCAGUGUCCCCAGUCAUGUAGCCUUAGUCUUUCCUGAAGGCUGGUUGACCAAUCCUGACCUUACCCUCCCUCACCCCCAAAGUCACGCCAGGGUGGGCACCUGUUGGGCCAGAGCGGCAGGAGUGUUGGAGCACAGAGCUCACUGGCUUUGGUGGGAGGCCUCCCGGCUCCCACAGCAAGUGGUCCCAUAUGGAGGCGUGGGCCAUGGCCCCCGGGGCCAGCAAGGGAAGACUGAGGGGUGAGGGUGGUGGGUGUUGAGAGGCUGAGCAGGAGAGGGGUGCUUGGCACCCCUAAAUCAUGUUCCCAGCCUGCCUGGAGAAGCUGUUUUGAUGUGACUGCUGCCAGCUGCUGGUCUGCGCACCCUCACCCGUUCUCACCCCUCCCCUGCAGGGAGAAGGCCUCCUGGGCACUGUCCUUCCACCCGUGCCAGCCACCCCCUGCCCCUCUGCUGAAUGAAGGCCAUUUCAAGCUGCUUCUCCCUCCAUUCCUCUCAGCUGUUAUUGCUGCAGAGCCGGGCCCCUCUUAGUGCCGGGCUGUUCCGCCACCCUGUGCGGGUGGGAGAGGCCAGCUGCCUCCUCCCCCAGCCAAAUCACCCCUCCUGUCCUGAGGAGCAGAGUUCUCACCAGCCUGCACUGCCCUGCCUCACCCCGCCCAUCGUCUGUGGCAACCAGCCCCACCCCAUCCAUAGGGACAAAAAACUCACCGAGAGCUGCUUCUGCCCUUGCCAACCCAUACCAGCUACUUGUAACCAUCUCCAAGGGGAAUGAUGUUACUACCCAUUCAUCUGCAUGAGCUACUCUUGGCUUCCUUCAAGGGUCAAAAAAGCAACUUUGCUGCUUGUCACAGUCACUGAAGUCAGCUGUGUGAGCUCUGGCGCAGGACAAGGCUGGGGAGCAAGGGCUAGGAUCACUUUUUAAAGAAUCGCCACGGGAGGCUGGAACUUACCCACCCUACCCCAUAAUGCAGCCACUUAGCAAAAGUGGUUUUCCCAAGGAGAGAUUCCUAGGGUUGACUUCCUCCUUAUCCCCCAAAUAAGAUGAUAAACUAAACACACAUCCACAAUCCCAGAAACUUACAAGCUAUACACUGUAGGAAGAAAAACAGCACCCUCCUGUUCACUUAGCAAUAAGAGGGAUCUUUCCCCACCUACUUCCACUGUCCGAAUCUCCUGUCCCUCACCCUGUUAAUGUGAGUAAUGAAUUAGCCUGGCCACAGCUGGUCGCUGUAGGCUAAUGGAAGAUACCUAACAGAGGGCAAAGUCCCCAUCAGAUGCAUGAAUGUUUGCGAAUGUUGCGGCCACUGCCCACCCCCCCCCCACCGUGUCUUUCUAGAAUCUCUUUGCCCACUGUACCCCAUCUCCACCCGGACACAACUUGCUCAAAGGCUGGUGACUUGUGGGCCAUUCAUCUGUAACUAAGACCUGAUGGAACAAGAGGCCCAAGCCUAGGGGAUGCAAGAACGACCCAUUUCUUAAAUGUUACCAGUCCCAGCCAAACUUUUGGUGAUAGUCUGGCUCAAUUUCCUAAUUGAAAACAAGCCACCAGACACUCAAACCGGUUGUGUAAUGUUGCUAGACUUUCUGUGUUGUACAACUAAACAUUGCUGUUUGAACGAUAA